CCUGCCUGGCUCUUGGGGCUCCAUUUCCAACCCUAGGAUCCUAUGUAUUCCUGCAUGGCAGAAGAAGGGGGUGGACUGGAUGGCCCUUGGGAGCUUAGAAACUCUACUGUUUUGGACUGGAAGACUGAGAUGUUCUUCCUUUGUGCAGCUUAGGGAAGUUACUUCUCUGGACCACAAGACCCUGACCGCACGGCCUCCUGGGAAGGGAUGGAUGUGGCGCUUGAGUCCCUGGAGAUCUUACAAUAUUAUUUUCUAAAACAAAGGAGGAAGAAGAGUUAAGAUAUAAGGAAUAUACAUGAACACAAACAGCAAAGGCCAUUGCCAUUUGGGCUCAGCAACAUGGACUAUGUAAUUCACUGGUCUUUAACUGCCAUGGCUGAAGGCUAUGGAAUUCUGGGAGUUGGAGUUUGCUGUGGGGCCCAGAGCAAACAGGUUAUUUCUCCAGUUUCUGUUUCCUUUGCCAUAAUGCAGUUUGACACCACUUUUUAAGUGCUACGCCUCCCUUUGGGGAUCUGUAGUUUUGCUAGGCAUUACCCUCUUGGGCAGAGAAGGCCUCGUCAGCUGGGCUGAGAAUCCCAGCAUCCCGUGUGACGGAAUGAUCAUGGCCUCAAACCCCAUUCUUUGCACAGUGCUGCGUUUUCCUGUCCCCUGCGCAACCUUUUCCUGAGGCCACAUCCUGCUCCCCGUAGUAGACUUUGAACCCGUUUGCAAUAACUUCCUCUUUAACGGCGCACUAUAAAUCUCCAGUUCCUUGUUUGGAUCGACCCAGAAGAGUUGUUGGUGGCGCUCUGGGCGGAAGCGGGCCUUUCUGGCUGCGUCCCACAAAAGUGGGCCCCAAAUCCGGUUCCAGAGAUCCUAGGUUCCAGUUCCAUGGCUUGUAAGAUGCGGCCUCCCAGGGCUGCCUUGACUCCACUCCCGGGGUGAGGCUCCACUGCCGGGUUUUCCCCCUCAGCUGGGCUGGCUCCCUUCCCAGUCCGAGCGGAUCUCUGCGCCGGGUUUCCCUCCGGCUUUGUCCCUGGCUCUGCUCCAGUGGUCUCUUGCUCCAUUUCCGGACUUUCCCUGCUGCCAGCUGCCUUCUUGGCAUCAGUUCAUCCAGGAGCUGCUCUUGCUGCUGCUGCUGCUGCGAGUGCGAAUCAGGGGCAGUCUGCAGCAGAAAGGAAGGAGGCUGGGCGGCACUACAGGGCUCUCCAGCUGCAUGCCCUUGGCAGGAGCCCAGCUGCUGCUGCUGGGGGGGGGGGGGGGGGUCCAUAGCCAGGGGCCCGGAUGCUGGCCCGCUCCUUGCGCCACCUGCUGGACGGGGGAGGAGGCGACAACGCCGGGGUGACCCUCAGCGCCUUUCGAACCCGGACCCCCGACUCUGACUGCGGGCCCCUGGCUCCAGAACCGGACCCUGUGACCCUUUGGGAAGAAGCGGACGAAGGGGUGCUCUACACCGUCACCUCCAGGACUCCGGGGGGCACCAGCAGCAGCAAGACGUCCCUCCAGGAGCAGGAACAGGAGGAGGAGGCAGCCGUCCCAUCAUCCACUGUCCAGUCGCGGGCCCUGAAGGCUGGCACUUUGCCCCGUCUGGUGCGGCACUUGCUGGACGCCCCAGCGCUGGGCGACACCUGCUUCGUCCCAGCCUUCCUAGCCACCUACCGGACCUUCGCCAGUCCUCCGGAGGUCCUCCGACUUCUGCUGGACAGGUUGCAGGAGGUGACAGGGCCGGGUUCGAAUCCUGCGCCAGAAACGACGGAGUUGCGGCGCUCCCUGAGGUCCCUGCUUUGCUCUGCUGGAUGGCUUUCCCAAAGACUUGCUGGCGGAGCCUGCCUUGCAAGAGCGGCUGUUGUGUAUCGGAUGCGUUGGGCCCUUGGAAGGGGCUCCGACCCUGAGAAGACCCCCCUCCUGGCCUUUGGAACACAGGGCGGGCCCCCUAAAGGGCCACGGAGGAUGCACGGAGGUGCCACGGAGGCGGCGAGGACUGGCGGGACCCUGACCCCCACUAGUCCGGGGCUUCAGGCGGAGGCGUGGUGCGCCCACUUGACCGCCCCUGAGCUGUGA